CUCUGCUCCGUGCCGGGGCUGCAGCGGCGGGAGCGCGCGGAGCACGGCGGGAGCGCGGGGCCGCGCAGGCGCGGGGGCGGGCGGGCCGGAGCCGCGCCGGGCUUGUACCGCCCCUCAGGCCGCGCGGGGCCUGGGGAUCGCCCCGCUUAGGCCUGGCCUGGUUCGCAGCCGGGGGAGCGUCGGGAACAGUGGAACUGUUUUAAUGGUCACCGAUGAUAAACGUCAUAAAACUGAGCAGACUCCAGUCAAGCGUUUCAAUUAGUACGUACUAGUCCAAAUGGAAGUACAAUGCACAGCUGGAACAAACAAGUAAAAGCAUUGACUCAAGUGCCCACAUGAUCACCACGGCCAGGGUACCUGCUGAUAAGCCAGUACGAAUUGCCUUCAGCCUUAAUGAUUCCCCAGAUGAUGCAUCCCCUGGAAACUUCUCUUUGGCAUUUCCAGAACUAGAUCAGCAGCUGCAGCCUCUGCCUCCUUGUCAUGACUCUAAGGAAUCUAUGCAGGUGUAUAAACAGCACUGCAAAAUAGCAGAAGAGUACCAUGAGGUCAAGAAAGAAAUUGCUCUGCUGGAAGAAAGAAAAAAGGAGCUGAUUGCCAGACUGGAACAAGUGGAAAAAGAAAGCAUGGAUGCUGCUCGGCUGGCUAAGGAGUAUGCAGAACUGACAGAGGAGAACCGAACACUGAAGCUGGCCCAGACGCAGUGUGUGGAGCAACUGGAAAAGCUCAGGAUACAGUACCAAAAAAGACAGGGCUCCUCAUAACUCCCAACUAGCUCGUGUGAGGCAGUUCUUACAGGAAUGGUCCUGUGCUGGAAAGAGAUUUUAAAAUAAAGAUCUGUUUAAUAUGUUACAACACUUUACUACAGAUACAGAGUAUGUAGAAGUCUGAAUUUUAUUUAAUGCUUGCCACCCAGUAGCUUAAUAUAAUGGAUAUUUCAUCCAUUAUAUAAUGGAUGUUUUAUUUCAAGUAAUGUAAUUGAAGUUAAUCUAUCCCCAUUAUAUGUUCUAGUGGAUCAGGUUUCGUUUCUAAACAUAUUUCUUCCAAUUUAAGAAGAUAUGGAAACUCUAGAAAAUUAUAUAAAUAGUCUCUGUGUUAGAAAUUUGGAUCAUAAUAAGGACUGGGACAAUGUUAAUAUAUGGAAUAGAUGUAUGUUAAUUUUAGUUUGGUAAAUUCUUUUAAAAUUAUUUUCAUCAUGCGUAAAGUGUUUGGAAGUUAUCUUGAAGCAGAUGUCCUCACUAGUAAAAAACUAUACUUCAUGUCAACUUCACACUGUUAUAUAAAAUCUGAAAAGCUGCACAAAAUCUUUUUUUUUGUCAAAAAACAAAAUCAUUUUUUAUCAAACAAGUGCACUGCCAGUGACAAUUUGCAAGUUAUAAAAUUAAAUGGAAACAGAUGAGAUCAAACUUCCCUUCCUUAAGUGUAAAGAUUACUUGAGUGUCUUUUUAUUGUACUUUUUGGCAUGCAAGAAAUGAAAAAUUAAUAUAAGAAUCAUAGUUUCAUCAUAGUUCCAACUGAGACUAUGUCAGUAAAAUUAUUGUGAGGAUCUUUUGUUCUUAUUUUCUGGUCUAUUUUGAAACAUAAGUGGCUGUAAGUAGGGGUGGUAGUUCUGUGAUACACAAAUAACUGGGAAGUAAAAUGUCAGUUUUACUUGCUCUAUUUUUCCCUGUAUUUUCUUAGAUCAACUUAAAAAUCUUUGUUAUACUUCCAUUUCUAUUCAUAGCAGUUUUUUUUCAUUAAAAGUGGAUGUAGAAAAGCCCUUUUAUGUUCUGAAUGUUCUCAAAUCAUCUUGUAUUUUAAACUCGGCUUGUCAGAUGCAGCUUGUUACAUCUUCAUGAGCACACAACCUAAUGUGUUCUUAGUAUUGAAAUGUGUCUUAGUAAUUGAAAACGAAUGAACUUAAAUGAACUUAAGUAAAUGAACUUAAGAUUUGCACAGGACUUUAGCUUUGAUUAUUAUCAUUAAUUUAUAAUGAAAAUGGAAUUUCAUGUUAAUCAGAACAAUUCCUGGCAGCAAAGGGGACAAAAAAUUAAUUAUAAGCUGCCUGUAAUUUAUCUGUGCUAACUGCCUACAGUAUUCCCUGCAGCACAGGUGGGAAAACUGGCUCUGUGUUACUCCAAGCACUGGCACUGCAGCAGCAGAGCAUGAAGAGGUAGCAGGAGAGGACAAUCUUGUUUCCACUUCUCCUCGUGAGCCACCAGGGCAAUGUCAGCAUCCAAACUUGGCACUGCUUCCUGCUGUACCUGGGAAAUCACCACUCCUGAGGCAUGUGCUUCCUGCUGGAAUGCUCCCCAAGCAGUGUAACACUGUAUUUAUUCCUCUUUCCUUAUUAUCUGAGGAUCCAAUUUUCACUGUACUUUGUGGAAGUUGAAGAAAAGAAAACAUAGUUAAUAAAAAACACUUGGAAUAUUGGGCCUGGAAGUGCUGGAAAAGUCUUGUCUGAGUUUUGUACUGUUGGGAAACAUAACUUGAAGAUAAAUUAGAGCUUUGCUUUGAGCACAGAAUGCCACAGAAGCUAGAAUGUCCUUUUUUUUUCUGUGUUUAUGUGUUUUGAAUAAGAGAAUUCUCAUUUUAAAAUAGUUUGUCAUUUUACUCAAAGGU